CUCUUACCUCGGUCCUGACGGAAUCCUUGAUUCUAACAAUUACAUUAUUUUCCUUCUAAUUGCGGCAAACAGUGACAAAAACUAGAGAAACGUACUUGGGGUCUUCAUCAAGAUUCUGUAAGGCAAUCAAGGAGUGAGCUCAUCGGAGAACUUCCCGUUGAAUCCUUCAAAAAUCGUGAUGAGUACAACCAAUUUCUUAAUCUUCGGUUCUUGAUUCCUCAAAUACUCGUUUCUUUCUUCAUCAGCUGUUCAUCUGUUCCUCAAUCAUCUUCAAUCCCAUAUCAUCAUUGCUCUCAACCCCACAGCGUCCACCAUGGAAGCUUCAAUCAGCAGAUCAUUGAUAAAAUUCACCAAUCGAAACUCCAUAAAUACAAUCCUUCAUUCUAACCGCCAUCCAUUCAAACUCUCCCCGCACCCGUCACCACCCGUCUUCUCACCCUUCACCACACUCGCUACUCUCUCACUCUCAAACCCUAAUUCUCACGCUCGCAAUCAUUUCCCCAAUUGGAAACCCUCUCAUUUCACCCCAUCUUCGUUCCAAUCAAAUGUCAAUCCUCCAAUCUCCGCCGAUCGUUUUGCUCGCAUUUUAUCGGGCCACAACGACAAGUCUUUUGAAUGGAAGUUCGCCGAUCGGGAAAAUGGCGGAGAAUUAGGGUUUCUUCCCGAGGAUAAGCAGGCGGCUGUGACGGUGGUCGUGUUAGGCUGGCUAGGAUCGAAGCAGAAGCACUUGAGGAGAUACGCUGAGAUGUAUAACCUGUUUGGUAUUGAUGCUGUUACGCUUCCUGCUCCAGUUAACGAUGUGCUUGGUUUUCAUUGGGGGAGGAAAUUGGAGUCAAGAGUUGCAGUAUUGACUGACGAGCUUGUGUCAUGGUUGGAGGAGAAGGAGAACGAUGGAAAGGACCGGUUCUUGAUCUUUCAUACCUUCAGUAACACUGGUUGGCUUGCCUAUGGUUCUAUUCUGAACAAAUUGCAAGGUAGACAAGAGCUACUGGAGAAGAUCAAAGGGUGUGUCGUUGAUUCUGGAGGAGACCCAGAGCUUGAUCCUAAGGUAUGGGCAGCUGGAUUCACUACAGCUUUGCUUAAAAAACAAAGCUCUGCAGUUAAUUCUUCCUCUGAAUCAAUGGAAACAAAAAAUGUCAAUUCAGAUGAUAAAGAACUUGAAUUCAUUGAGGUCUUCCUUCUGACAUUAUUUGAGAAGUUCUUUGCUUAUCUCCUUCAAUUACCAGAUAUAAAGAAGAGAUUGACAGAAGUAACAUCAACUCUAUCAGAAAACCAGCCUUCUCAUCCACAGCUGUAUCUAUACAGCACAGCUGAUAAGUGUAACAGAAUACAACUAACCAUGGAAUAUAAGCGGAUGGGUCCCACAAAACAGACUGUCUUGUACUGUGUUUCGUGUGAAUUGGAUUUGUAUUGA